UCAUCCUUACUUGCAAAAGCCCUAUCAAGGGAGGGUCCUGUUGACGAUGGAAGGUCUCAAAGCCGCCGAGGUUCAGUUAUCAGCUAUUGCCCGUUCGUUUUGGUACCCUUGCUGAGUCGCCAUUAGCAGCUGGAUCCGACACUGAUAAGACAUUCCAGACGACUAAACAGAGGCCAUGCUGACGGAGGCGCUGCUGGGGAUCCUGCUGGUGGUGCUGCUGUUCGCCUUCCUCAACAGGAAGCCGCCGAACCUCCCGCCAGGUGAGUGGGGAUGGCCUGUGAUUGGCUGCCUUCCCUCUGACGACGUGUCCCUCGGUGACCAGGUCAUGGAGCUCAGGAAGAAACACGGGGAUAUCGUCUCAUGGCGCAUGGCUAGUCGAACCUUCAUUUUCUUCUGCGAUCCGAAGAUCAUCCGAGCCGCUUUCUCCAAGCUGGAAUUCUCCGACAGACCCGACUUCUACAGCUUCGAUGUUUUCUCCAAUUUCAUUAAAGCUGGUCUGACCAACAUCAACGGAAAACUGUGGGUCAACAACAGGACAUUUGCCCUUCGCCACCUGAAGCACCUGGGCAUGGGGAAGUCCUCCUUAGAAGAGGCAGUUCAUUACGAAGCAGCGUGCAUGGUGAAGGACUUCAAGAAACACACGAAUAAAGUGGGACGCCUGCCUUGGUCCCUGAACGUGGCGAUCCUCAACGUCAUAUGGAAAAUGAGCGCAAACCAGCGCUUUGACGUGGACGACCCUGAGAUCCAGAGAUUCAGCAAGAUCAUCAGGUCCCUCUUUGACGACUUCCAGGGCCCCGUGGUGUGGUUCGACCUCAUGCCCUGGCUUAUCCCCAUCACCCCGACCUUCGUCAAGAGGUGGAUGGGCAUUGAGCAGCUUAAGGACAAGAUACAGGAGGUUUUCGAGUAUAUGGAAAAUUCCAUCAAAGAGCACCAGGCUAAGUUGGACCCACAAAACCCCAAAGAUUAUAUCGACGCUUACUUGCUGGAGAUGGAAGAGCAGAAGAAUGACCCCGAGUCCACAAUGAACCUUUUCGACCUGAAGAUCUGCAUGGCCGACCUGUUCACGGCUGGCAGCGAGACGACCUCCGCGACCAUCCGCUGGGCGCUCUUCCUGCUGGCGAAGCACCCCGAGAUCCAGACGAAGGUGCAGAAGGAAAUCGACUCUGUGUUUCCCAGGGACGUCCUCCCUUCCAUUCAGCAGAGAAAUAGCUUGCCUUACCUGGAGGCCAUAUCCCUUGAAGUCCAUCGCUAUGCCUCGAUCGUUCGUUUGGGUUUUCUCCACUACUGUAACAAGGACACGGAAUUCAUGGGAUACACGAUUCCAAAGGGCGCUGUGCUCUCCCAGCACCAUGAAUGCUGUCACACGGACCCCGCCUACUGGGAGAGACCGAACGGACGCCGCCAGUGCCCCGGGGAACCACUCGUCAGGAUGGAGCUCUUCGUCUUCCUCUCCGCCCUCCUGCAGAACUUCGUCUUUUCGGUUCCCAAGGGCAAGGAGCUCCUGCUGGAGAAGAACGCGCAUGAUUCCUUCCUCAACAUGCCGAAGGAUUUGGAAAUUGUUAUUACAGAGAGGCCUUAAGGGAA